AUGAAGAAAGACAAUAUUAUUCCUGAUGAAAUCGCAUUCACUAUUCUUAUUAGUGCAUUUAAUGCAUAUGGACUUAAUGGAACGGGCCUUGAAGCUGUUCAAUUAUAUCGACAAAUUCCACAUAAUUUAGUUAAUGAUGUUUCACAUGUUUGCGUAUUAAAUACAUGCUCUCAUUCUGGUCUUCUUGAUCAUGCUCGAUCGGUCUUCAAUGAAAUCAUUGUGAAAACAGAAAAGAUCACGGCUUUAUGUCGUCUCUUUUUGUUUGAUGAAGCACAAAACGUACUCGAUGAUUUUGAAAAAUUUAAUUCAUCUUCUUUAUCAAUAUAUAUGGCCAUGUUGUCUGGUGCACGUAAUAAUCGAAACUCUGUUUUAUCACAGAGAUUAUACAAUCAAAUGAAAUCUUUGUUUUCUAAUAAGAAAGACGAUUUUAUAGCUGCUUCUAUACUUCUUUGUAAUACAUAUUCAUCUCUGGGUCAAUUUGAACAAGCAGCACAUAUUCGAUCAACUCGAAUAAAAGAAUUUGGAAAGAACGUUAAAGUAGGAUUAACAUGGACUGAAGCAAAUGGUGAAUUAGUGGUAAAAUAUAGGAAGAAAAUUUGUUCAUUUCUUAGCAAUUCAAAGUUCACGGUUGAUUUCACCGUCGAUCACAAGAAAUAUAUGCUGAACUUGAUCGUAUGUCACUUGAAUUGA